AUCACCUGUUGCAUUAGCACCACCAUCUCGUACAUCCAUACCUGAAGAAUAUGUCGUCUGGAGCUACCGCCCAGGAUAAAACCUGGAAGUCCAAGGAACAAGCCGAGGAAGCUCAAUAUGCUCAUAAAAAGGAGCAGGAACAACUCUCAGCCCUCAAGGAAAAGAUGAGCCAGCAAGAACAAACCAAAUCCCAAGAUCGUGACUUUGAAGGAGGCUUUGGCGGACAGGAAGAUCUAGAAGAUCGGUACGCAACUACAAGUGGAGAACACUAAAUAGUAAAUCUACAAACACCUCUUUUGUACACCGAAAUAACAAAGCCGGUU